AUGGAAAACUACCAAAAGCUGGAGAAGGUUGGAGAGGGCACAUAUGGCGUGGUCUACAAGGCCCGGGACCUUCUCCACGACAACCGCAUCGUUGCCCUCAAGAAGAUCAGACUCGAAGCCGAAGAUGAAGGCGUUCCUUCCACCGCCAUCCGAGAGAUCUCCCUGCUCAAGGAGAUGAGAGACCCCAACAUCGUUCGUCUGCUCAACAUCGUCCAUGCCGACAGCCACAAGCUCUAUCUCGUCUGCGAAUUCCUCGAUCUCGACCUCAAGAAGUACAUGGAGGCCCUGCCCGUGGCGGACGGCGGCAGGGGUCGUGCGCUGCCCGAGGGCACAAGCGACGAGCUCGCGAACCUAGGCCUUGGAUCCCAGAUCAUCAAGAAGUUCAUGAGCCAGCUCUGCCACGGCGUCAGGUUCUGCCACUCCCACCGCGUGCUGCACCGCGACCUGAAGCCCCAGAACCUGCUGAUCGACAAGGAGGGCAACCUGAAGCUGGCUGAUUUCGGUCUUGCGCGUGCCUUUGGUGUUCCCCUGCGCACAUACACUCACGAGGUUGUGACCCUGUGGUACCGGGCGCCCGAGAUCCUGCUAGGUGGCAGGCAAUACUCUACCGGUGUCGACAUGUGGUCAGUGGGAUGCAUUUUCGCCGAGAUGUGCACACGCAAGGCCCUGUUCCCUGGUGACUCUGAGAUUGAUGAGAUUUUCAAGAUCUUCAGAGUCCUCGGCACCCCUACGGAGGAGUGUUGGCCUGGCGUCACGAGCUACCCAGACUUCAAAUCCUCCUUCCCCAAGUGGUCCCGUGACGAAAAGCCUCUGUGUCAGAACCUUGAUCAUCAUGGUUUAGACCUGCUGGAGGCCAUGUUGGUGUACGACCCAGCAGGUCGCCUUUCUGCCAAGAUGGCCUGUAACCACCCGUACUUCGAGGACCACAGCCGCAACGGCAACGGCUACCCCUACUGA